UAAAUCGCGCAUGUAAACAAAAAUGCUCGAAAACAAGUUGAAUUUUCCGGUUUUUCCGCUUUCCCUGCUAGACGACAGCGAACACCAGCCCCAGCGUUGCUAUGUGCCGGCAGGAGAGGAUGUCCUGGAGACAGGAUGGUGCCGCUGCCACCUUUCCGAUGGCAGCUACUCCGUUUGUUGGGUUACAACGCGGUCCGGCAGUGAGACUUGUUGCUUCCUAGACGGGAUUGUCACCUCCUCGUCUCGAUUUGCACCCACCACCAAUCAGCGGCUAGUGAAACUGGAGCCUCUAAAACUGGUUUCCAGUGUGAAGAGGAUUCCCUGCGUCGUCACAGUCACAGAGGAGCUACUGCAACGCCCUCAGGUUGCGCUGGAGGAUCUGCGGGACGAUGUGCGGGUGUUCUUGCGCCACCUGAAGCUCACAAGAGGAUGCUCCGUGCAGCAUCGACGACUUGCCCAGUUGGGGAUCGCUAGCGUAGAGAUAUUCGAUGCUCCAGAAGUCGGCCUAGAUGAGUGCUUUGAAAUAGCUCGCAAUGCUCAGUUGCUCCUGGUGGACACGCGCCUGGCGGUGCCUUAUCCCUUAGUUUGCUCCUCGCGUUACCUGCUGCACAGCUUCGAGACGGCAAUGGAGGCCUUGGAGCGGCUAGUAGAGACCUCCAAGCGCGACUUUACUCAUCGAUUUCCCACCACAGCCUUAGUUGUGGGGCCCGUGGGCUGCGGUAAGAGUCGUCUGCUGGGAGAGUUUCUGCGUCGUCACAGCUGCAACUGCUUCUACAUCACCUCUAGCCAGGUGCUGCGUUCCUAUCCCGGCGAAACGGAAGAGGAAUUGCGAAGGAUCUUCCAGGCGGCUGAAACAUUUAAGGAGCAGCUGCAUCCGCUGUUGCCCAUUCUGAUACUCAUCGAGGAUCUAGAGCUGCUCUGCCCCUCGACAAGCUCCGCGGAUGCCAAAGAUGCUAGCAAUUCGCUGCGCAUUUCUGCCCAGCUCUACAAACUAAUUGAUGCACUGCCUCAAGGCAUUAUUUGUGUGGCCACCUCUGGAUUUCCGGACUCCUUGCAUGAGCACGCUCGCCGGCGCUUUGUGCGGGAGAUUUCCAUUGAAAUGCCCAGCGAGGAGCAGCGCCGACAGCUUCUGGAAGAUCUCUGCCAAGAGCAAGCUCUAGAAGUUUCCGAAUCACUCCUCGAACACUUGGCCAGGAACACUCAGGGAUAUGUGAUGGCCGAUCUAGCACUUCUUCUGCGACGCGUGCAACAGGAAUGGCUGACUAAAAGGGACACAUGUUCCAGCUUGGAUCAAAUCUUUCGCCAGUCACUGCUCCGAACGCAACCAAGUGCCUCCCGGGCCACGGAUGUGCGUGUGUCCAAGAUGACUGAGGGAUUCGAAGCAAUUGGAGGAAUGGAAUCUCUAAAGCGCACACUGCAAGUCUCCGUUUUGGCUGGCCUUCGGCAGAGUGCGGCAUUCGCUCGUUUCGGUUUGAGUUUGCCCAAGGGAGUGCUGCUCUAUGGACCACCAGGAUGUGCCAAGACCACCAUUGCCAAGUGCCUGGCCAGGGAGGCGAACAUGACCUUUAUUGCCACCUCAGCGGCGGAGGUUUACUCGCCAUACGUGGGCUGUGCAGAGAGGUUUAUCUCGCGGAUUUUCGACACGGCUCGCAAGAAUGCUCCUUGUUUGAUAUUUCUGGACGAGAUCGAUUCCCUUGUUGGCCGAAGAACAGUUUCAAGCGGUGGCGGCGGUGGCCAAGUUCAGCUGAGGAUUCUCUCCACUCUGCUCACCGAAAUGGAUGGAAUCGUGGGCGGCGGUAGCCAGCAGCACAUUCUUGUUGUGGCGGCCACCAACCGUCCCGAUAUGAUUGAUGAUGCUCUAAUGCGACCCGGACGCUUUGACAAGCUCAUCCAUGUCCCGGCGCCAGAUGCGGAUUCACGUCUAGCGCUGCUCCGGCUGCAUGCCCGGCGGAUGCCCUUCCAUGCGGACGUGGAUCUAGAGACUAUAGCCUCUCUCACCGAACGCUAUUCCGGAGCGGAUCUGUGCAAUCUGUGCAAUGAGGCGGCCAUUGAGGCAUUCCAGCGGGAUUUCGAGGCUACCGAAAUCCAGUGGCAGGACUUUGAGAAGGUCCUCGGCAAGCAGAAGUCCUCGCUAACACAGAGCCAAAUCGAUAGCUACUAUAGGUUUGCCUACAGGUUUUUGUAAUUAAAGAGGAAA